CGCCGAGCAGUGGAGAGACCGAAGGAGAGCGUUAAUGGCGGCGAGCUCGGAGGAGUUGUUCGAUCUUGAGGCCAAGAGGAAGGAGGAGGACUCAUGGUUCCCUUGCCGCAUCUCUCUGAGGUAUAUGUGAUGCUUCACUAUAGUGCUUGGAAUACUCUGCUCCUGUUUGUCAAGUGUUCUAGUCCAACACUGAGUGGAGUGAUUGUCAUCUAUGUCUCAAGCACACUAAUUCACUUGUUUCAUUGAAAUAGCAUUCCACAUGUUGGUACACUCGACAUCCUUGUUGGCUUCAAGGAUUACUCGCUGGAAGAUACCAUAUUCAAUAAAGAAGAUGCUCUAACAAGUCUCCGCUUUCGCUCUAGCCCUCUUCAAGGUGUUGAGUGUCUCCAGGUUAAAGAAGGAGAAUGCGUUCUUGCUAUGCAAAAGCUUUAUUGCAGGAGCCUUUUCUUUGAUGCCGUCAUCCUACAGACGUUCAGAGUGAAACACUCUUCAAGGAUUCAUUGCAGAUGCAGUUUUGAAAUCAAAUGGCUAAAUUCUGAACUUAAAGGCACAACUACAACUGUUCCAUCUAAUUCAGUAAUGAAGCUGUCGGAGAAAGAUAUUGCAAGCCAUCCUGUAGUCAUUGAAUUCUCAAAUUUCUCUGGCCCUACUAAUGAUUUCAAAGUUCCUUCAUUACUUUCUUGCCAACAAGAAACUAAUUAUGAUGUUGGCAUCUGUGGUUUAUUGGAGAAGCAAAUAGAAGAGAUCACCAGACUAGCUGAUGAAUCCAAACAAUCCUCCGAAGGCAUGAUAUUUGGAGUUAAAGGGGCUAGCAUUGGUAGCCCUGCCAACAAAUAUUUAAGUUCAACAAAAAAUCAGAGGAUGCUUACAAGAAGAACGAGGAGCCAGGAUAAUCAACAGGUAGCGGCCGAAGUGGAGAAGCAUUCACAGCAUAAACCAUGCCUCACUCCUCUAGCUGCUCGCGCAGCUCUGGCUUCCUUUGUGCAAGCACUACAGCAGAUACCAGAGUUAGCCAUUUGUCAAAUAGAGAAAGAUGUCAACACCAACCCUUGCUCAGAAGAUCCCAAGAAGCAGAUUGAUUACUCUGUUCAAGACGCCAAACUUUCAAACUCUUGCGCAAGCUCACGGAGACAGACCCGUUCUUCAGUGAGCAAAGAAAUCCAAGAUUCAAUUGACAAAUCACAGAAAGGAUCAUCAAAUGAAAAUAUCAGCAAACCUUCGAACACUAAGAGAUUGACACGUUCUCGAUUGCUGAUAGAGAACAGAAACUCAAACAAUUUUCCAGAACAAGAACAGAGCAACCUAACAGAAAAUACAGAGGAUGCAUGUGUUGAAGAUUUAGUUACGCCAGAGGACAUCAAAAGCAAGAAGAAGAGAUGUACUACGGCCUUACCGGGUGAACUUCCUAGUGGCCCAAACAUUACCCAGGUCGGAAAUUCUUCUAAUAAGCAGAAGGCCAAGCUACCCAGAUUGAGUUUUCAACGUCUAACCCGCUCGCAAAACAAGAAAUUGCAAGCUUUUUGAACGUUCUGAUAAAUGUAUGUCCUCCACAAC